GGACAUUCCAGAACGUGCGGUGUAAACACGUCAACAUACAGGUGUAGCGGCACAACACCGCGGCUAUUUACUCAUUUAUUGGACAUAAAUACAAACUACAGCUUGCGUUUAACCCAUUGGUGAGGAUAGACCAUAAUGUGGUGUGGAUGAUCCUGGAAGGAUCAUGGUCAGAACAGAGUCCUGACAGGCACAUAUGCCAGACUAAUGUGUGGUGGAGCGAGGUGGCCUGGGUACUGUGGUUGCGACUCACAGCCAGAACCUUGAUAGACAGCCAUGAGUGGUAUUCUUUGCUGGCAAUAUAGAACUGUUCGUGAUGAGGCUUGAUGGUGCCCGUCUUGUGAAGAGAACUGGGUUUCUUGUUGACACUCCAUGGUGGAAAUCUGCCCACCAGUGUAGACUAUUUAGGUGACCUCAUAGACAGUGAUGGAAAUCUGCCCAUUCCUAGAGUGAACCAUUUAUUUGUGAUAUACACACUUACUGACUAUGAGUUCUGGAGAAAAAUCGCUGAGGAUAAAGCACAUAUUGAGGACCAGUUCGCCAGGAAGAUGCUUGCAUGGACAGCUUCUGUUCGCAAAGAAUUGUCCAGUCUUCAAACUUACAAGGAUCCAUACCUGACCAAGUCCCUAGAGAUGGAAAUGGCGUUCUCCAACCUAAGAGCUGACCAGGCCGAACGGAACUCCAUAGCAUUCACCCGACUGGCACGUCACCUGGAGAGGGAAUCAGCCGAGGUGGUGUCUGACGAGUACACGGGACGUAUGAUGACAUAUCGACAACUAUUGAGGACACUUAGCAAAGCAACCGCCACGUGUCACCAGAUACAGCAAAAACUUUUGAGGAAACGUACGAAGUUGAGGGAACACGUGACGGCCAUAUCUCGGAUGGACGAAAGCAGACAGGAAGUGGCUCCAGAACUCAAGGGUAGCAUGAAGGAGAUCCGGAGGAGUGUGGACACAGCUACCAAUAAGUGUCGUCAGGCCCAGCAGAGACAGACCUCUGUUGUAGAGGAAGCUAAAGAGCAAUCACAGAAACUCAAGGCCUCCUGGAUAAGCAAGGAGGUCCAACGGACGGAAUUCCUUGUCCAGGAAUGGCUUCAGUGUCUCACGGAGAAGAUGACGUCACUGGACACGGACGAUAGGGAGUACGAGUGCAAAGCACUGAAACUAUCCGAUUCUGUCUCCGUACAGGAUAUGGUGGAACGGUUGGCGGAACACAAGAAAAAGGAAUUCGUCAUCAAGGAGUUGGAUGUGGACUCUGAUUUGACAUUGUCCCCGCCUCUGUCACCCGUUUUCUCCAUCCCUGAUGGUGCCUUCCUGUCCGACGUAGAAACAGACCCGGUGGAACGACUAGGCAACACGUCAGAAGAUCGGUCAGUGGGAUCGCCUAAUCAGGAAGGACUCACGGUGGAACUAGAGGUCAACUAUCAUAGACCUCAAACUUACAAUGGUGUUACAAACUUCAUAUACGAAUCUACGUCCAUAGAGAAGAUCAAUUGUAGUGGAGAAAGUAAAGUCGGUCGAUGUAGUGGGGCGUCUAUGAAAGCCUUCCUGCCAGGGGAUGAGUUCCCAGCCCCUCUAAAGGGAGAAGGUGACUGUGUGAGUGCGGCGAUGCAGUCGAAGACUGUCCACGUGCCCCGGGGGGACGGGAAGUCUUACCACGUGGUUGUUACCAAGGAUUACAGAAAGAAGUCUGCCCGGGAGAUAUCUAUACGGUGUGGUCAGAAGCUUGAGGUCUGCUCUAUGGCGCUCAGGGACGGGAUGCUGUUCGGCUACAAGAAAUGUCGGUUUAGUGGUAAAGAGAAGGGAGGCUACUUCCCCGCGGACUGUGUUGUUGUCUACUAAAAUGUGGAUAUGUUAGUUUCUCAAAAUAAAUAUUUAUUAUUGGAUCAGUGAUCAGUUAA